UUCCGGACUGGAGGGCCUUCAGGGAGCCCGCAGGCUCCCGAGCCUCACGUGACGCCGGUCCUGCGCGCCCGGGGCUUCGCACUGCGGCUCCGGCCGGGGCGAGUUCUCGCCUCCGCGCGCGGCCGUUGCCGAGGAGACGGCGCACGUCUCGCCGAGCGUUGCCUCCCCCCCCCCCCCCCACACCUCCCUCUGCGGUUCCCCCGCCCCUCUUCUCCCACCACAAUGAGGUCCUAAGAUGGCGGUGGCUGCGGCGGUUGGCGCCUAGGAGCUGAUGUAGAAGAAGGCGGCCACUGGGCUCUGGGCAGUCCGGGGAUUCGUGGGGGCCUCGCUGCCGCGGGCUUCGAGGAAGAACCGCUGCUUGGUGGCGGCUCCUCGGCGGGUGGCGACCGGCACUCCGCCCUUGGCAGCAGGGGCGGCUUCGUUUACAGAGAAUUAAUUAUUAGAACCAACAUGGCCACAGGAGGAGGUCCUUUUGAAGAAGUCAUGCAUGAUCAGGACUUACCAAACUGGAGCAGUGAGAGUGUAGAUGACCGCCUCAACAAUAUGGAGUGGGGUGGCCAACAGAAGAAGGCCAAUAGAUCAUCAGAAAAGAAUAAGAAAAAGUUUGGUGUAGCAAGUGAUAAGAGGGUAACUAAUGAUAUUUCUCCGGAGUCAUCACCAGGAGUUGGAAGGCGAAGAACAAAGAUUCCACAUACAUUUCCACAUAGUAGAUAUAUGACUCAGAUGUCUGUUCCAGAGCAGGCAGAACUAGAGAAACUAAAACAGCGGAUAAACUUCAGUGAUUUAGAUCAGAGAAGUAUUGGAAGUGAUUCUCAAGGUAGAGCAACAGCGGCUAACAACAAGCGUCAGCUCAGUGAAAACCGGAAGCCCUUCAACUUUUUGCCUAUGCAGAUUAAUACUAACAAGAGCAAGGAUGCUACUCCAAGUCUUCCCAAAAGAGAAACGGCUGCAUCGGCACAGUGCAAAGAGCUGUUUGCUUCUGCUUUAAGCAAUGACCUUUUGCAGAACUGUCAAGUCUCUGAAGAAGAUGGGCGAGGAGAACCUGCAAUGGAGAGCAGCCAGAUUGUGAGCAGGCUUGUUCAAAUUCGUGACUAUAUUACUAAAGCUAGUUCUAUGAGAGAAGAUCUUGUAGAGAAAAAUGAAAGAUCUGCUAAUGUUGAGCGCCUUACUCAUCUAAUAGAACACCUUAAAGAACAAGAAAAGUCCUAUAUGAAAUUUCUCCAGAAAAUCCUUGCUAGAGAAAAUGAGGAGGAGGAUGUUCGCACUAUAGACUCAGCUGUGGGAUCUGGUUCUGUAGCUGAGAGCACAUCGCUAAACAUAGAUGUGCAGUCUGAGGCUUCAGAUACCACGGAGGCAUCUUUUAGUCUGAGAAUUCGGCCCUGCAUUGAGGACAAACUAGGGAAUUCAGCUUCACAAGAACAGGUUUCAGACAUUGACGUUACUACAAGUCCAAAAGGGAAAGGUGACAGAGCUCCUCAGAAUGACAGGGAACUGAGACCUAAUAGGAAAUGUAGCCGAAAACGUGGAUUGCCCUCAAAGGCCAGAGAUCAUCAACAGGAGCCCAUGGAAGAGACAGAAAAUUUGAAGAAACAACAUGAUUUAUUGAAAAGAAUGUUACAACAGCAGGAGCAGCUGCGAGCUCUGCAGGGACGACAAGCCGCCCUUCUAGCUUUGCAGCAUAAAGCAGAGCAAGCGAUAGCUGUGAUGGAUGACUCUGAAAAGGUUGCAGGAACAACUCCUGGCUAUCAUACUGUACCGUGCAGACAGACAGCUCGCUCUCCUUUUCAUCAGAGAGUACCUUUAAGAGUUGUUACAGAAACCACAGGAAGCUUAUCUGGAGUCAGCAUCACGUCUGAACUAAAUGAAGAACUGAAUGAUUUAAUCCAGCGGUUCCAUAAUCAGCUUCGUGAUUCUCAGCCUCCCACUGUUCCAGACAACAGAAGACAGGCAGAAAGCCUUUCAUUAACUAGAGAGGUUUCUCAGAGCAGAAAUCCCUCAGUUUCUGAACAUUUACCUGAUGAGAAAGUCCAGCUUUUUAGCAAAAUGAGAGUACUACAGGAAAAGAAACAGAAAAUGGACAAAUUACUUGGAGAACUCCAUACCCUUCGAGAUCAGCAUCUGAACAAUUCAUCGUUCGUGCCUUCAACUCCUCUCCAAAGAAGUGGGGAUAAGAGAAGCCCAACGGCAGCUCUCUGUGCUCCUGCAGGCUUUGCACCGGCUGUCAAUGGCGAGGCCAAUAGCCUCACGUCCUCUGGUCCAUGUCCUGCCACUUCUCUAGUCUCUCAGCACGAGAGGGAAAGUGAAGCUCUUCCAAAUCCAGCUGAAAAACUACAGAAGUUAAAUGAAGUUCAAAAGAGAUUGAAUGAAUUGAGAGAAUUAGUUCAUUAUUAUGAACAAACAUCAGAUAUGAUGACAGAUGCUGUAAAUGAAAAUACGAAAGAUGAAGAAACUGAGGAGUCAGAAUAUGAUUCUGAGCAUGAAAAUUCUGAACCUGUUACUAACAUUAGAAAUCCACAGGUAGCUUCUACUUGGAAUGAAGUGAACAGUAACAGUAAUACACAGUGUGUUUCUAAUAAUAGAGACGGGCGAUCAGUUAAUUCUAACUGUGAAAUUAACAACAGAUCUGCUGCCAACAUCAGAGCUCUAAACAUGCCUCCAUUAGACUGUCGAUACAAUAGAGAAGGAGAACAGAGGUUACAUGUAGCACGGGGUGAAGAUGAGGAGGAGGAAGAAGUAGAAGAAGAAGGAGCAAGUGGUGCUUCUUUAUCUAGUCAUAGGAGCAGUCUGGUUGAUGAGGCACCAGAAGAUGAAGAAUUUGAACAGAAGAUUAGUAGACUCAUGGCUGCAAAAGAGAAACUUAAACAGCUCCAAGAUCUCGUUGCUAUGGUGCAGGAUGAUGAUGCAGCUCAAGUGGGUGUCUCUGCCAAUACAUCAAAUUUGGGUGAUUUCUAUGCAGCAGAAGAAGAGACCAAACAAAAUUCAAAUAAUGCAAGAGAAAAUUCUAAUAAAACACAAAAAGAUACUGGAGUAAAUGAAAAAACAAGAGAGAAAUUUUAUGAGGCUAAACUACAGCAGCAACAGAGAGAGCUAAGACAGUUGCAGGAGGAAAGAAAGAAAUUGAUUGAAAUUCAAGAGAAAAUUCAAGCUGUGCAGAAGGCAUGCCCCGACCUUCAGCUAUCAGCCACUAGUAUGGGUAGUGGUCCUCCCAAAAAGUAUCUACCAGCUAUUACUUCAACUCCAACCGUUAAUGAAAAUGAGACCAGCACAAGCAAAUCUGUUAUUGAACCUGAAGAUUGUUCAGUAGUAGAUAAUGAGUUGUGGUCGGAUAUGCGAAGACAUGAAAUGUUAAGGGAAGAGCUGCGGCAGAGAAGGAAGCAACUUGAAGCUCUAAUGGCCGAACACCAGAGGAGGCAAGGUCUAGCUGAGGCUUCUUCUCCAGUGGCUAUUUCGUUGAGAAGUGAUGGAUCUGAGAACCUGUGUACUCCUCAGCAAAGUAGAACAGAAAAAACAAUGGCAACUUGGGGAGGUUCUACUCAGUGCGCCUUAGAUGAAGAAGGAGAUGAAGAUGGUUAUCUUUCAGAAGGAAUUGUUCGGACAGAUGAAGAAGAAGAAGAGGAGCAAGAUGCCAGUUCCAAUGAUAACUUUCCUAGUUAUCAUCCUAGUAUGAAUCAAAAUUCUUACAAUGUAAAGGAAACUAAAAAUAGGUGGAAGAACAAUCGCCCUGUUUCAGCAGAUGGAAAUUACCGUCCUUUAGCCAAGACAAGGCAACAGAAUAUCAGCAUGCAACGGCAGGAGAACCUUCGAUGGGUAUCAGAGCUCUCCUACAUAGAAGAGAAAGAGCAGUGGCAAGAACAGAUCAAUCAGCUAAAGAAACAACUUGAUUUCAGUGUCAACAUUUGUCAGACUUUGAUGCAAGACCAGCAGACUUUAUCUUGUUUGCUGCAGACUCUUCUAACAGGUCCUUACAGUGUUAUGCCAAGCAAUGUGGCAUCUCCUCAGGUACACCUUAUAAUGCACCAGCUGAACCAGUGCUACACACAGCUAACGUGGCAGCAGAAUAACGUUCAGAGGUUAAAACAAAUGCUAACCGAACUUAUGCGCCAACAAAACCAGCAUCCAGAAAAAACUAGAAGCAAAGAAAGAGGCAGCAGUGCAUCACACCCCUCUUCUCCCAAUUUAUUUUGUCCUUUCAGCUUUCCAACACAGCCUGUAAAUCUGUUGAAUCUGCCCGGGUUUACCAACUUUCCAUCAUUUGCACCAGGAAUGAAUUUCAGCCCUUUAUUUCCUUCUAAUUUUGGAGAUUUUUCUCAGAAUGUUUCUACACCUACUGAACAGCAACAGCCAUUAGCCCAGAAUUCUUCAGGGAAAGCAGAAUAUAUGGCUUUUCCAAAACCUUUUGAAAGCAGUUCUUCUGUUGGAGCAGAAAAGCAAAGGAAUCAGAAACAGCCUGAAGAGGAAGUUGAAAACAUCAAGACACCAUGGUUAUAUGAUCAAGAACGGGUAGUAGAAAAGCCACUUUUCAAGACUGGAUUUGCAGUGUCUGCAGAAAAAGCUACAAAUAGUAACCGCAAAAAUCAACCAGAUACAAGCAGGAGAAGACGCCAGUUUGAUGAAGAAUCAUUGGAAAGCUUUAGCAGUAUGCCCGAUCCCAUAGAUCCAACAACAGUAACUAAAACUUUUAAAACUAGAAAAGCAUCUGCCCAGGCCAGCCUGGCUUCUAAAGACAAAACUCCCAAAUCGAGGAGUAAGAAGAGGAAUUCUACUCAGCUGAAAAGUAGAGUUAAAAAUAUUGCUGUCACCUUUUUUACCCGAGGGUGUGAGAGUGCCAGUGUGUCUAGCACAUGGGAGCCUUGCAAAAGUAGGAACAGACAUUCAGCCCAGACUGAAGAGCCUGUUCAAGCAAAAUUAUUCAGCAGAAAGAAUCAUGAACAGCUGGAAAAAAUAAUAAAAUAUAGUAGGUCUGCAGAAAUAUCUUCAGAAACUGGAAGUGAUUUUUCCAUGUUUGAAGCUUUACGGGAUACUAUUUAUUCUGAAGUAGCUACAUUAAUUUCUCAAAAUGAGUCUCGUCCACAUUUUCUUAUUGAACUUUUCCAUGAGCUGCAGCUACUUAAUACAGACUACUUGAGACAGAGGGCUUUAUAUGCAUUGCAGGAUAUUGUAUCCAGACAUAUUUCUGAAAGUGAUGAAAAAGAAGGAGAAAAUGUAAAAUCUGUGAAUUCUGGCACUUGGGUAGCAUCAAACUCAGAACUUACUCCAAGUGAAAGCCUUGCUACUACUGAUGAUGAAACUUUUGAGAAGAACUUUGAAAGAGAAACACACAAAAUAAGUGAACGGAACGAUGCUGAUAAUGUGAGUGUCAUGUCUGGAUCUUCCAACUUUGAACCUUUUGCAACAGAUGAUCUAGGUAACACUGUGAUCCACUUGGAUCAGGCCUUAGCCAGAAUGAGAGAGUAUGAACGCAUGAAGACUGAGACUGGAAGUAACCCAGAUGUGAGGUCUACUUGCCGCGCUGCUGAGGGUGAAGAUGGUGCUGCUGCCACUGCCACAGGCGGCAGUUUAGAAGUAGAAACUCCCGUUAUUGAGAAUCACAUUUCGCCACAGCCUGUAAGUGACGUUUCUGCUGUCCCGUGUCCUAGAAUUGAUACUCAACAACUGGACCGCCAAAUUAAAGCAAUUAUGAAAGAAGUCAUUCCUUUUUUGAAGGAGCACAUGGAUGAAGUAUGUUCUUCUCAACUUCUUACUUCAGUAAGACGUAUGGUUUUGACCCUUACCCAACAAAAUGAUGAGAGCAAAGAAUUUGUCAAGUUCUUUCAUAAACAACUAGGAAGUAUAUUACAGGAUUCACUAGCAAAAUUUGCAGGCAGAAAACUGAAAGACUGUGGAGAAGAUCUUCUUGUAGAGAUAUCUGAAGUGUUGUUUAAUGAAUUGGCUUUUUUUAAGCUCAUGCAAGACUUGGAUAAUAAUAGUAUAGCUGUUAAACAGAGAUGCAAAAGGAAAAUGGAAGCAGCUGGAGUGAUACAGUCUUAUGCAAAAGAGGCCAAAAGGAUUCUUGAAGGAGAUCAUGGCUCACCUGCUGGAGAGAUUGAUGAUGAAGACAAAGACAAGGAUGAGACUGAAACUAUUAAGCAGACUCAGACUUCUGAGGUCUAUGAUGCCAAAGGUCCCAAAAAUGUAAGCUCUGAUGUUUCUGAUCAAGAGGAAGAUGAAGAAAGUGAAAGGUGUCCUAUGUCUAUUAAUCUAUCUAAAGCUGAAAGCCAGGCUUUAACUAAUUAUGGAAGUGGAGAAGAUGAAAAUGAGGAUGAAGAAAUGGAAGACUUUGAAGAGAGUCCUGUGGAUGUCCAGACUUCACUUCAGGCUAACACUGACACUACAGAAGAGAAUGAACCCGACAGUCAGGUGCUGCAACAUGAUCCUGAAAAAAUACCAGAAAGCACAACUGUACCAGCAGACCAAGAAACAACUAGUAAGAAUGAUCAAGACAGCUCUCCUGUGAAACCUUGUUAUCUCAAUAUCUUGGAAAAUGGACAACCUUUAAAUAGCACUACCCAUAAGGACUCACUUACUCCUACUGAUUCAUCUAAACAGCCUGACCCUAUGCCAUUACCCUUACCUGCAAGUGAAACCUUAGUGCCUAACGCCAAAGAAGUGAGAUCUGCUCGGGAGACUCCCGAGAGCUCUCUGGCUGGAAGUCCUGAUACUGAAUCUCCAGUGUUAGUGAAUGACUAUGAGGCGGAAUCUGGGAACGUCAGUCAAAAGUCUGAUGAAGAAGACUUUGUGAAAGUUGAUGAUCUGCCGCUCAAACUGACAGUCUACUCUGAGGCAGAGCUAAGGAAGAAAAUGGUAGAAGAAGAACAGAAAAACCAUUUAUCUGAUGAAAUAUGUGAAAUGCAGACUGAAGAAUUAGCUGGAAAUUCUCAGAUACUGAAAGAACCUGAAACAGUGGGAGCCCAGAGUACAUGAACUGUCUUCAGGGACUCAUCGAAUUCUCUUACAUAGUCAGUGCAUACAAAAAGACACUAAAUAAAUAUCUGUUUUGAUCUGUAUAAAAUGUAAAUUAGUUUGACACUGCAUUUUUGAUGGGUGUGCUAAUCUCUGCCUGUGGCAGUUUAAAACAUCAGAAUCUGAAUCCUGGACAGAUUCAAACCUUGACACACUGUGGGAAUUUUCUUUUUAUUUUAUUAUUAUUUUGUUGUUAUUGUUAUGGUCUUGACCCUCACCCUUCAUUGUGAUGUUUGAUAUGUUAACUUUAAAAUGUAGUUUUAAAUAAAGUUUGAACUUAUCUGUAAAGUA